GGGGGUCAGGGGUGGGGGGUCAGGGCGGUCACGUGGUGGGGCGCUAUGGUGGAGGUGUUGGAGGGCACGUGGCGGAUGAUAGAAAGCACGAACUUCGACGCCUACAUGAGAGCACUGGGAGUGAACUUUAAAACCCGACAGGUGGGCAACGUCUCCAGACCCACUACCGUCAUCAAAGUGGACGCGAAUCUGAUCACUCUGAAAACCAUGUCCACCUUCAAAAGCACCGAGAUCAACUUCCAGUUGGACCGAGAGUUCAACGAGAUCACGGCGGAUGGUAGAGAUGUCAAAUCACUUGUGACGUGGUCGAAUGGAAAAUUAAUUCACAUUCAAAAGUGGAAUGGAAGACAGACAACCCUUCUUCGAGAAAUCAAAGAUAGCUAUAUGAUAUUGACUCUUACAUUGGAUGAUGUGGUUUGCACUCGUAAAUAUGAGAAGGCAUAGUCUCUUGUUAAGUAUCUUCAGAUUCCAUAGUCCUUUACUGCAUUUAGGCCAUAUGUUAUGGGCUCUGGCACUAUCAACUGGUAGCAGCAUUGUUCUGGUUAACUUGCAGCAAACUACAGUACUGUUUAAAUGUAAUUCCUUCGAUAAACGUGAAAAACUAUUUGCAAAUAAAAUUAUAUAUUGUUUUAAAAAAA